AUGGCGAAACUUUUCGGUUGUGCAAUUAACGUUGAGGCAGAGGAAGAAGGAGGUGGUGGUAGCUCAAUCCCCAGGGAGGUUCCUCGAUCUGGUAUCCAACCGGACGGCGAAGCUAUGGGUUUUCCCGUUUGUUUUCCUCCGGUCAGUCAGAGGGAAAUCAAUCCAUAUUUCCGUUUCUUAGAGUCGAAUUCAGAUGCUGGAUCGGCUUCUAUGGAUUCGGAAUCCGAUCUGCAGAAUUGUUUCAUCGAUUUCUUUGAUCGAGAGUCGUACGAGAUGGAGACGGUAGGUGAGUUUUACAUGAGCCCGAAUCAGAGGCUAAGUAGUUCCGAUGAUUUCAAUUUCUGGGGACUUGACGACCCGGAGGAGGAGAUAGAAUUAGGGCUCGGAAUCGGGUUUGGGUCCGGGUCAGGGUCAGGGUCGGGUGAGAUACGCGGUGAUUCAGGUUGGAUAGGGCUUACCGGGGAUAGGGAAAUUGAUGCGGGUCAGGUCGAAGUUGGUACGGGUCUUACUCCUGUUGAGGAUGAUCUAUUUGGCGAGGAAUCUGGUACGGAUCUAUCUCCUGUUGGCGAGGAAGCAGCCAUGGUGGCUGAUGAAGAACUGGAAUGGGAGGAUUUGCAGAACGGGAUAAGCUGGGUUCAGGAACCUGUCCAAGUUAGGCUUUUUAGCGUGGAAGAAGAAGAAGAAGAAGAUGGUGAGGAGCUGUCUUUGGCAUCCAGGGAUGGUGAUCGAGAAUGGGAGGUUUUGUUACCCGUUAUCAAUGUUGGUUUCUUUGAAGAAACUGAAGAUAUCAUAGCAGCCUCUGAUCUAAUGGAUCUGGAAUACGGCGUUUUUCUAGAUGGUUUAUAUGAAUAUGGAGAAAAUGAUGGAGAUUACGAUGAUGUGUUGGCACGAACGUUCGAUGACGAAGUAACGGGAAGUCCUCCGGCGUCGAAAAGAGUGGUGGAUGAGCUUCCGGUAGUGGAAGUGAGCAGCGGGAACAUGGCUUGCGCAAUCUGCAAAGAUGAGAUAGUGGCGGAGGAGAAAGUGAAGAGGCUGCCUUGUAGGCAUUACUAUCAUGGAGAGUGCAUAAUACCUUGGUUAGGGAUCAGGAACACAUGCCCGGUUUGUCGGUAUGAGCUGCCUACUGAUGAUCUUGAGUAUGAAAGUCGUAGGAGAUCACAAAGGCUUGCGGCAAGGAGGGACCUGAUGUCCGAGUAG